AUGAAGAUUUUUGCAACUCUCUUGCUUCUCGGCGCCUUUGUCGCAUAUGUGUCGGCCUUUGAGAUGCCCUUUCACAAGGCUGUGUUCAAAUUCCUAGAUGAGCGACAUGAUGAAAGAAUGGCACAGGUUGUGAGAGACUUUGGAUUACCAGAAGACACUUUGGCGUUUAAUGAUAUCAAUGCCCCCAACGCUACAGCACCUGCCAAACCCGUCAAACCAGAGGGACUCCCACCAUUUAUUAUAGCAUGCGUGGGUAAGGCACAAGUCUGCUGGAAGGUUGCGGGUCAUGACGAAUGUAAAAAGCUCGGAUGCAUCGACAACUUUUUUAAGUGUAUAAAAGAAAACCAUCCCACUCCGCUGCCAGAGCUUUCCCCACUAGAGAAAGGCUGCUUACUUUUGCUUCACAUAUGCAGAAAAGCUUCUCCUUCUUGUGCUGGUGAAUUGUGCUGCUUCAUUCGUAUUAAGAAGUGCUUCGAAUUAGCAGAGGGAAAGGAGUAA